AAAAGUAUUCCAAGGUUUGAGCGCACUCCCUGAUCCUUAAUUUUCGGCAGGCGGUAUGUUCUACCAUAUAACUUUGGAUAAAGAAAUAUUGCUCCAUCCCCGCUAUUUCGGACCAAAUCUUUUAAAUACUGUGAAACAAAAACUCUUCUCAGAAGUAGAAGGUACAUGCACCGGAAAGCAUGGUUUUGUUGUAGCCGUAACGACAAUUGAUGACAUAGGGGCCGGUCGAAUUUUACCUGGACAGGGUUUCGUUGUUUACCCUGUUUCCUACAAGGCCAUUGUAUUCCGACCUUUCAAAGGAGAGGUUGUAGAUGGAGUUGUGACUCAAGUAAACAAGGUUGGCUUAUUCGUUGAGGUUGGACCGUUGAGUUGUUUCAUUUCAAGACACUCCAUACCAGCAGAUCUCGAAUUCGAUCCAAACGCUACUCCUCCCUGCUACAAAACUAAAGACGAGGAUACCCUAAUCCAGCAAGAUGAUGAAAUUCGCCUGAAGAUUGUAGGUACAAGAGUGGAUGCUUCGGAUAUUUUCGCAAUUGGUUCGCUCAUGGACGACUAUCUAGGAGUGACAUAAUUUAUUCUGAAUUUGGAUUGUGUUGAUAUAAAAGCUUCGAUGCAUACGUUGCCACAUCAGCAAAAAUAGUUCUUUCGAAAGGACAUGUCGCCCCUAUUAUGUUAAAAUCUUAGGAUUCACAUAGGCAAUUUUUU